AGUCGGGGUCAAGGGUCAGAAGGCGGAGGCGCGCCCAAGAUGGCGGCCUCCAUGUGCGACGUGUUCUCCUUUUGCGUGGGCGUGGCGGGCAGUGCCCGGGUCUCAGUGGAAGUCCGUUUCGUGAGCAGCGCCAAGGGAAAGGGGCUGUUCGCCACACAGUUGAUCCGGAAAGGGGAGACUAUCUUCGUAGAACGGCCCCUGGUGGCUGCGCAAUUUCUCUGGAAUGCACUUUAUCGCUACCGAGCCUGUGACCACUGCCUUCGGGCACUGGAGAAGGCUGAGGAGAAUGCCCAGAGGCUGACUGGGAAACCAGGCCAGGUUCUGCCUCACCCAGAGCUGUGCACUGUGCAUAAGGACCUCCACCAGAACUGUCCCCACUGCCAGGUGAUGUACUGCAGUGCAGAAUGUCGGCUGGCAGCUGCUGAGCAAUACCACCAGGUUCUGUGCCCUGGCCCCUCCCAGGAUGACCCCCUGCAUCCUCUCAAUAAGCUGCAGGAGGCAUGGAGGAGUGUUCAUUACCCCCCUGAGACAGCAAGCAUCAUGCUGAUGGCCCGGAUGGUGGCCACAGUGAAGCAGGCUAAGGAUAAGGACCGUUGGAUCAGGCUCUUCUCCCAGUUCUGUAACAAAACUGCCAAUGAGGAGGAGGAAAUUGUCCACAAACUCCUGGGGGACAAAUUCAAGAGCCAACUGGACCUUCUGCGGAGACUCUUCACUGAGGCCCUUUAUGAGGAAGCACUCAGCCAGUGGUUCACUCCAGAUGGAUUCCGAUCUCUCUUUGCUCUCGUUGGGACCAAUGGCCAAGGAAUUGGGACUAGCUCCCUGAGCCAGUGGGUCCAUGCCUGUGACGCUCUGGAGCUGAAGCCUCAGGACCGCGAGCAGCUGGAUGCUUUCAUUGACCAGCUGUACAAGGACAUCGAGGCAGCAACCGGCGAGUUUCUUAACUGUGAAGGAUCUGGCCUCUUUGUGCUUCAGAGCUGCUGCAACCACAGCUGUGUCCCCAAUGCAGAGACCUCCUUCCCAGAAAACAACUUCCUUUUGCAUGUCACCGCCCUGGAGGAUAUUAAGCCAGGAGAGGAAAUUUGUAUCAGCUACUUAGACUGCUGUCAGCGGGAACGCAGCCGCCACAGCCGCCACAAGAUCCUCAGGGAGAACUAUCUGUUUAUCUGUUCCUGUCCCAAAUGCCUGGCAGAGGCCGAUGAACCCAAUGUGACCUCAGAGGAGGAAGAGGAAGAAGAAGAGGAAGGAGAGCCGGAAGAUGCAGAGCUAGGGGAUGAGAUGACUGAUGUGUGAUGUUGCCCUACCCGGAAGGAGCUCUGCCCCAGACCCUGCUGUGAAAGGGGGCCCUUCCCCAAGAGAAGAGGCUUGGAAAGAACUCCUCACUCCCAUUGCCUGCUUUCCCCUGUUCCAGCUCUCCCUGCCAGAGGGUAGGAUAGAGGCUGGACCCUAGGCCCCCAACCCCCACCAGACCUCAUGCCCUAUACACUGCUGCUGAGUUGGCUUAUGCUCUGCAUUGUCACUGAGCCUUUCAGAACCAGCCUCCCCCUGAGCUCACUCCACUCUAGGGUUGGAGGGGCUGGAACCCAGGUCAGAGCCUAACAGUGUUUCCUCCCCUUGGCCCUAUAGCCCACAUUCACCCAUCCACCUGAGGCUUCUCCCCUCUCAACUUGCUAUUGAUUCAUUUUGAGGGGGGUAACAAUAUGGCAAAUUGAGGGACAGAACAAUUUUAUUGAAGCAGAAUAUUCUGCUUCAAUAGUAAGGUGUAGUAAGGUGUCCUCACCUACUUCCGUACCUCCCACCUACCACAGUUGUAGCUUGACCACGAGCCCAGCGAGGAGAGGCAGGCAGAAGGAUCCAGCCUCCUGAGCCCCUUCCUAAGGCUGUCUAGUGGGGAACACUGGAUCAGGGGAAUUACUUCCCCCUUUCCCCCUCCACUCCCACCAUUUGGACAUCUGGGGAAGUGGAGAUUAACCCCUUCCCCAGACUCCAGAAUCUCUGUCCCUUGCCUCUCAGGCCCUGGCACAGUGGCUGGCCCUGUGGGAUAGGAAGAAGCCUCUGCCUUGCUCAGGUGGGGAAUGUGGGGGCUCAUCACCCUUUGUCACACCUUCUUCCCACUGAGCUCUCUAGCAGCAUGGCUGAGACUUGGGGGUUGACAGGACUGUGCUCCUUAAUUGAGGAUGGUCAAGUCUUCCCUGGGGCCAGUUAAAAUGGGUCAGUAAGAGGCUCUCCUGGCCUCAGUCUCCAUCUUUAGGAUCUCCACAGAGGAACACUGAAGUCUUCCAGACAACUAGAGGAGCUAGGCUAGAGGUUAGCCCUGACUGUGUCCCCUCCUUUCUGUGGAUUAGCACCACCCUCCUCUCACUCUUGGUUUGGAUGCUAUGGGAACAACAACCCAUCAUUCUUGGUGCCUUCCUUUCCUGGAGGGGCCUACCACAUCUUGCUGAGGGAUCCCAGGGAGGGCAGGUGCCCACCCCACAGGUCCUUGUCUGGACCAUGGAGCCAGGUGGAACCCGCCUGUCUGGCCCCCUGUUUUUACUCCACAGCAGCCAACACCCCUUCCCACCACAGCCUGCCCACUUUUCUCAAUAAAAUGUGAGUGGUGACAGGCC